GGCAAAUACAUUGCAUGCAAUGCAAUGCAUGCGCAUGCAGCUAGCUAGCUAGCUGCGCAGGCUGCAUAGCCAGGAAGCACGGUUUGGUUUCUACUAUACUCGCUCCGAUAUUCGUUUUCCUCAACUCGCAGCAAACGUGACGGGAAGUGGAUGGCUGAUGAAUGCUUGCUAGAAAGUAGAACUAGAAGGCUAUAGGGCCGGCUGCCUUGAAAUCAGCAAUUACCGCCAGUCUCCAGGUUCUCAGCUGUGAUUGAAUCAACCUGCUUAUCGGGAUGUCAUUGAUGACAUCAGCAUCAACAGUCAUGAAUAUGGAAAUGCAUACCCCCACUGGAAUGAGCAGUGCCACGCCCAUUGCCGUCUCAGCAGAUGGUUUGUCAGGAACCAGUGAUGGACACGUGCUUGUGUUCCCAGACGAUUACACAAACAGCAACAUUAUUCCCACGCCCAACGGCAUCCCCAUGACCAGCCCGCAUGACUUGCUGGGAACCAUUGGAUUACCGGCAUUGAGCCAGGCUGAUAUCACCCAGGGCACCAGUGUACUCUCGGGCAGCGCUGAGCAAAGCGGUAACUUUGUCCAGAAGUCGACCGCUUCCGUUGGAGUCCAAGUCAACUUAUGUUGCUGUGCACAUCGGGGCUGUAAUCCGGAAGACAUUAACUCAGUAGCCCAAGUUGAUAACAUUGAUAUUCUUAACAACGAUGUUCACUUUCAAGAAAAUCCUGAGCAUGGGCUUUCAAAUGAUGGUGAGGCUAAUGCAGGAAAAACAGACCAAGACAAAGACCUGCUCGCUAUCGCGACCCCAAAACUGUUGCUCAAACACAGCUGUAAAGAUAUGAAGAGGAAAGACAAGAAGCGCCGGAAAGCAGACAAGCCUUCUGCAUGCAGGAAGCCCAAACAGCAAAAGGUUCUGACUCGUAGGAGCACCAAAUCAACCCUUGAGCGUCGCUACCUCUGUGAAGGAUGCGGGAUAAGAUUUGUCCACAAGGCAACGUACGAUCGUCAUCUACAAGAGCUUCGGGGCAAGGCAGCCGAGAACAAAUGCUCGCACUGCAGUGCCACGUUCACCUACUUGUGCAAACUGAAGCAGCAUAUCGCGGCUAAGCAUCCCGACCUGAUAUCUGCUCCAGCCAGAGAGCGGCCCGUCAUCUGCCACAUCUGUGGCAUCCAAUUACAAACGAGCAUCAGCAUGACCAAACACAUGCGUAUCCACGAUGGUGACAAGCCGUUUCUGUGCAAGUACUGCCCCAAGGCUUUCAGAUGGCACACGGGGCUCGAGUAUCACGAGCGAAUCCACACUGGCGAACGGCCGUUCAAGUGUCCGAAUUGUCCCAAGGGGUUCACAAACCCGUCGGAUAUGGCCCGGCACCAGACUGUCCACACGGGCAAGAAACCUCAUCUGUGUCACCAGUGCGGGAAGGGAUUCACUCAAAGUGGAACGCUCAAUGCGCAUAUCAAAAGCAAACACAGUCAGCUGACUAAUUCCCUCAAUCCCAAUCUGGCAUCAAACCUAAGCAUUAUGAAUACACCAUGUACUGAGCCUAUCACGAUACCUACUAAUCUGAAGCAGCCCGACAUACAUGUAUGCCAUUUCUGCGGGAAGAACUUCCCCCAGGAUCACAUGCUGGACGCCCAUAUCCGAAAAUCGCACCAACAGCCGCUCCCGAACAUGACACUGGAGGCCGGUUUGCGCUGCGGGACCCUGGAAGAAAUGAAGCUACAAUUGGCAACGUGUAGCGCUUUGAACCAAAACCAGGUUUUCAAUAUGUCAUCAUGCGUACCCACAGAAAGAGAAAUUGCUGAGGUGGUUGUCAACAUGCUUGCACAAUGAGCCACGGAAUUGGAGUCCAACCAAGUUAGCUUGUGAUUCUUUCAUACGUGCACAUGUACAAGUUUUUUGACUGCAUGGACUGUACCGUUGUUGUGAAACCACAGCAUCAGCAAAAGGCAGUACUCAGUGUUUUUAGUUACAAUGAAAACAAGCUAUUUACAAUAGGCAUGUGUUGCAUUGUGAGAAAAUCAUCCUUUUCCAAAUUGUUUUCAGUGUAAACACUGUAUUACAAUCAGCAUGAGCUGUGUUGCCCUACAACUUGUCAGGACAUACCGAAUGUGGAAAUAUUCAGAUAUGGAAAAAUGGAAAAAUUCCAAACUUUCUGAAUACGGGAGAAACAUGUACUGCCUCUUUGAAACAAUUCAGCAAGUUGUUUGGGUGAUUUCAUUUAAAAUCAGACGUUUAUGUACAUUUUUGUUCAGCCGUGAUGAAGGUGGCAUGAACACCAAAAGCUCAACAGUCAUAUCGCACAUGCACUCGUAUAAAUAUCUGCUUUUCUUUUCAUCGUUACACGACUGGCAAUGCUAUACAGCAACAUUUGUGAUGCGAUCAAGCUACACGAGUCGUUUGUCAACCCUGGUAAAAAAUGUGUUUAUUACAGAUUUGAAAAGAGCACAAUCUCAGCAUUACUGCUGUGAAAACCACAUGCUGAUACC